UAUUACUAUGAACCAGUUAUUAAAAUAUGUUGUAUAGUUAGUUGAUACAAAAAGGCUCUUAUUUUAUCCUGAUUCAUUUACAAUUAUAUGAAAUAUUAAAUCAAUCUUUAUGCUUGCAUAUAACUAUUGUUCAUUAAAUGCUAUCGCAUAAAUGUAAAAGGUAGUUUAAGUUAUGUAAUUCCACUUAGCAUUAUAUAGUAUGCAUUUCAGAUAGUUAUAGUAAAAAUUAGUUCUUUUUUUGGCAUAUAUUCAUGCAUAAAUCAAUGUAUUUAAAAACAACUUUUUUUUCCUGCAGAUCUAUUCAGUAUUUAAUCAUGAAGUCUGUUGAUCGCCCGCCCAGUAAUCCAAAAAGAUUAACCAUUGAAUCCAGUUAGGAGGUUUUUUCAAUUGACAUUUCCAGACGUACAAGAUCCAGCAGCUCAGCUCACCAAGAUGAUAUUCCCCAAAAACAGGAGCAGAAUGAGCCACAGCCAGCCCCAAUCCAUCGUUUUCGCAGAAAGGCGUUAGCUUGUCGUUUAAAAAGAAAACCUCUUGCUCCAUCCACACUGUCAGACGACGAUUUCAUGGAUGCUCCAUCGUUGAAGCGCUAAUUCAGAUCUGCCUCACCUUCUCCUUCAGAACAAAUCAGUGCAAAGAAGUUAAAAGUACUUUCUCCUCAAGUUCCUUGCGUGAAAAGAAGUCCAAAGUCUAAUAUCAUUACAAAAAAAACUCUCCUAAACAGAAGACUCCUAGAAAAUCACAGAAACUGAAUAUCCGCUGCAUUCCCUAUGAUGUUAUUGUAUCAUCUUGGAUAAUGAGCGAUCGGCAGCGCGAUGCUGUCGCUAGGUUGGGAUUUUCAAGCAUAUUUGAUUUGCGAACUGAUGCCUUAGAGAGCCGAUCACUCAUCAGGUGGUUGAUGGAUAAAUUGGAUCCUCAUGACAUGACCAUACGCCCAGGGGCUGGCAAGGAACUGAAAAUAACAAAAGAUACGGUUCAUCUGAUUUUGGGCUUGCCAUGUGCUGGAGGAGGCAGUGAGUUUACUGAUUGGUAUGGCGAAGUGGAUGCUGCUGCAAAACUGAGACGUGAUCUCAAUGUUGGUAAAGAAGAAUUUGAUGUUGUCAAGCUUCAAGACAAGAUAGUGCUUGGCAACGAUGACGAGCUAUCAAUUAGAUAUUUUUUUCUGAUUCUAUUCAAUCGGCUUCUUUUUCCUUCUGCUUCUUGGGGCAUUACAAACAAUGAGGUACUCAUGACUUCAAACAUGACCCGAAUGUCUGAUAUUGACUGGUGUCAACUAGUUUACACGGAUUUGUGUGAUGCUGCCGCACGUUGGCAUAAAAGGAACAAAACAAACAUCACAGCAACAAUAUAUGGAUGCUCACUCAUUGUUCUGAUUUACUACCUUGAUCACCUACAUCACCCUGCAUCUCCUGUUAACAAAUAUGGUACUCCACGCAUUAAGUUUUUGACAAUGAGACCAUAAAAGAGUUGGCUCGUGGUGACAGGCGCCCCCCGUAAAACUGGUGAACCAUGCGGAUAUGCAGAGUUUCGUAGCCGUUCAGAAACGUGUUACGUCAUUGCUCCAGAACGGCCUGCUUCUGUCGUUUUCAACAUAUAUGUGCCACGUAUCAAUAAUUUGAUUGGCAACAAGUUGCAAUGUUUGCCCUCCCAGCAGCGUCCAAUGUUUCAAUCAUUGUUUGAUGCUCAUGACAAAGAGGUGGAUAAAUACUGUGAUUCCCUACAGCUGAGCCAUCAGAUGAUUGUUUCGAAGCAGAUUGAACUCUCUGAAACAUUUGGUGAAAUGAUCGAUGAAGUUCUGAGAGCUGCAACGCAGCGCGAUUCACAGCUAGAAGAUAACCCCCCACUACCUCAAUGCCUCCAACAAAUGAUCCAGUAUCCACACCAACUGUUCCAACACCUGAUAAACAACAACAUGAUCAGGAAAGCCAUGUUCCUACUGAUCAUAUCAAAGUAUCAGAUGAUAUUGUCAGUGGGAACGUCUGCAAAAAAGCUGAAGUUAUGGAUGCCCCUAUUUUUGACAAGACUCCAACAUCUAAUGCUCCCACAACAGACAAGCCUGCUGCUCCUAAGUUAACACCAGAUAUAAAUAGUGAAGGACAAAAAUCUGUUACACAUGAUACUCCUGUAUCUGGUGCACCUCUGUUCGAUAAAACCCCACUGACAGAUGCAACUACUGACCUGGUUGCAAAGGAUAGUUCCUGUAAAGCUGCGGUCACUGAACAUCCCCACGUGUCACGUGAAGACUGUGCUCGCAACCUGCUUAAGUUCAUUUUGUCAGGAAAACUAGAUCCGAGCAUGUCUAUCAUUAAUUUUGGAGGAUUUGGAGGGUCUGUCCUUGAUGUUGUCCAGUCGUUUGGUCCCAACAAAUGUCUUGAGAAUACUUUCAUGCAGGGAUUUAUCGACUGUAUUCGUCAGGAUGAUGUAUUAUACAAUCCAGAUUCUGUAAUCAACACUCUAAUAUUGAAUGUCAACGUUGGGACCGUUUUGAAUAUCGAGGAGUUUGAACAACACAGUUCAAAUCCACAGCCCUUCACAACAUCACUUCUUAAAGAACAUCUUGAAUCGACCCUACCUUCAGAUGAUGUUCUUAACCAGAUUAAAUUGAUCCUGGUUCCUAUGCUACGCCGAAGCCACUGGACCCUUUAUGCAAUCAAUUUUGAACGUCGUCGAAUAGAAAUCUUAGAUUCAAAUCCUUAUGGUACAUUGCUUGGAGGCACUACAUGGAAACAAAUCCAUAAUGAUCAAAUGGUGAUAAAUGGAACGAAGAUACCUUGGUCCAGAUUAAUAAUGAGAAGACUUAGCAUUGCCUUACAUGAAGCUCGACCUGAGUCAACUGUACCAAAGUUUGGCAACUACAAGAUUGUGCUCCUUCCCAAUUGUCCAACCAUGACACCAGGGUCAAAUGAUUGUGGUUUUUUUGUCGCAAACUUCCUCCGCUACUACGAUUUUGAUGAUGGCGACUUAUCAGAAUUUUAUACUCCGGAUGAACCAUUGGACCAACGUGCCUUUGUUCUGCAUUACCUUACCUUUCAUCGCAACAACAUGGUUGCCCCCCUUCCUGCAGAACUGCUGCCUUUCAAGUAUUCUCCAAGGAGACGCCGCUGUUUGAAAGCCAAGACUUAGAUAGCAUAGCUGAACAUGAUUCCCUGUGGGAUGCACAAAACUGUUUAUGUUACUUGUUAAGUCACUUAUGUCAGGCCUCUGAUAUUGUGUUUGAUACUCUGUGUGCCACUUAUGUUCAAUGUGGCUAAUGUCUAUGCUACUUCGCAUCAGUUUUUAUCUGAAGUGUGUCAAACAUAAUUGUUACCAGAAUGUCUAUUUAUGUUAUCUGUUAACAAAUUCUAUGCUGUUUU